GUUCCGCAGCAAUCAAGCUCGGGAUCAGAUGGGUCCGCAACGGUGGACGAGAAGAAGAGGAAGAGGAUGUUGUCGAAUCGCGAAUCGGCGAGGCGAUCGCGGAUGAAGAAGCAGAAGCAAAUGGAUGAUUUGACGAGCGAAAUCACCCGACUGGAGAUGUCAAACAAUCAACUUCAGCAGGGAAUCGAAGUGAAGGAGCGGGGCUACGCUGAGAUAGAGUCUAGGAACAACGUGAUGAGGGCUCAAGUAAUGGAGCUCACCGAUCGUUUGCAGUCGUUGAACUCGGUGCUCCAGAUCUUCGAAGAGGUUAGCGGCCUUGCUGUGGACAUCCCUGAGAUACCUGAUCCGCUGCUGAGGCCGUGGCAGGUUUCCUACCCAACGCAGCUCAUCCCGGCCUCUUCCGACAUGUUUCUAGGCUGACAGUCUUUGAAUAGCUUAAGCUUGUUCUUGUUGUAUGUUCAUUGUACAAGUCUUUUGUGUUUGUUAUUUUGAUGAUGGUCUUUGGAUUUUCGUUGUUGGUUUUUUGUUAGUCGUCUUUGUUGUUUCGAUUUGGUGUCCCAGUAAUUGUAGUAGUCCCUUCGCACAAGCUUGUUUCAUCUUUCUCUGUAUAAAUGAAAUGUUUGUGGUUGGCGGGUUUGGUAUGA